UAGACUCCAGUGUGCCGCUCAGGGUGCGCAAAUGCAUGAAGCCGCCUGCAGUUUUGGUGCUUCCAGAAUCCGGCGGCUUGAAACCAGGCGGGAAGACCCUCUUCACCCUCAAAAGAUGGUAACAGCCUACAGAGAGGUAACUUCUGUUUACAUGGAACUCAGAAAUCUCCUGCAAAUCAUGGGGUUUCUGGCGUGCUCCUGCUUUGAACUGGGAGAGACAUCGAUUGUACACUCAGAAUAUCAACACAGAAAGCUCUCAAGGCCAGAGAAUGGCAGGUGAACAGAAGCCCUCAAGUAACCUCCUGGAACAGUUCAUUUUACUAGCCAAAGGGACCAGUGGCUCAGCCCUCACUGCUCUGAUAAGCCAAGUCUUGGAGGCUCCUGGAGUUUAUGUCUUUGGAGAACUGUUGGAGCUGGCCAAUGUGCAGGAGCUUGCAGAAGGCGCGAAUGCUGCUUAUUUGCAGUUGCUGAACCUGUUUGCCUACGGGACAUACCCAGAUUACCUAGCCAACAAGGAGAGCCUGCCUGAAUUGAGCACAGCACAACAGAACAAGCUGAAACACCUCACCAUUGUGAGCUUGGCAUCUAGAAUGAAGUGUAUCCCCUACUCAGUGCUGCUGAAGGACUUGGAGAUGCGCAAUCUCCGGGAGCUGGAGGAUCUCAUCAUUGAGGCUGUCUACACUGACAUCAUCCAGGGCAAGCUGGACCAGCGAAACCAGCUGCUGGAAGUGGAUUUCUGCAUCGGCCGUGACAUCCGGAAGAAGGAUAUCAACAACAUUGUCAAGACCUUGCACGAGUGGUGUGACGGCUGCGAGGCGGUCCUGCUAGGCAUCGAGCAGCAAGUUCUGAGAGCCAACCAGUACAAGGAGAACCACAGCCGCACGCAGCAGCAGGUAGAGGCUGAGGUGACCAACAUCAAGAAGACACUCAAAGCCACCGCUUCGUCCUCGGCUCAGGAGAUGGAGCAACAGUUGGCUGAGCGGGAGUGCCCGCCCCACGCUGAGCAGAGGCAGCCCACCAAGAAGAUGUCCAAAGUGAAAGGUCUGGUCUCCAGCCGCCACUAGGGCUGGCUGGGGCAGCUGGCGCUCACCAGGCCUGGGUCAGGUGGGGAGAGGACACCAGGGCCCGUUUCCUCCCUCUCUACCUGCAGUGAGUUCCAGACCUGCCCGUCCCUCGCCAGCACCCCCACCCUGUUGGUACUGUUCCGGAAGAACCGUUAGCUCCUUCUCCUCACCUCCCACCCCCACCCCAGUUGUUCCCUACAGACUCAGGGGCUCCACUGAGAUGCCAUCCCACAGGGCCAGACUUGUCCAGCUCUCCUCCAGGAGGUUCUCGUCUCUGUGAAAGGGCUUGUCUUCCCUCCCAGUUUUUCUUUUGCUCCAUGUCAUUUUGUUAGGCUGGUCAUUAGCCGGCGGCAGCUUUACCGGCCCCGGGCAUGACUGUGGAGGAGGCCCCUCUCGCGUGGGGUGGGCUUCCCUUCUCCAGCCCACGUGCCGCAGCUCCCACAGCGGUGCAGCCCUCUUAGCCAGGUGUCCACGUGCUGGGCUUUCCCUCUCCUGCCUUACCCCGUGGUAGCGCCGAGCAGGCCCUGGAGGGCUGUGGUGCUGGGCUAUGUUUACUAAACCCGUGGGUUUGCAGCCUCUUGAGCCCAGCUCCAUCUCUCACUCGUCGGGAGCCCUGGGUUGACUAAGCUCCGGUGUCUGCACACCAGUGGAGGAUGCUGGGGCAGGCCGGGCGCACACGUUUCUUCUGGCUUGGUCUUCUCUGCUGGCCUGCUUCCUGCUGCUCCCAGGCUGAUGUCCGCUGUGAAGGCCCCACCCCCCACUGGGGCUGUCUGCUGACAGUUGCUCUCCCGAGAUCUUUGGUUCCUUCUGGCCACAUCCGUGGCGGGCAUGGCGGUGCGAGGCCCCUCUCUUUGGUGAGGGCCUGUUGCUGCUUCUGUCUCUUUCCACCCCCACCCCCUUCACCCCCACCCCCGCGGAUGACCCAGAGCCCCUGAUGAUGGCGUCUCCUGGUGAGGGAGAAGGACUUGACUAGCCUUUCUGAACUUGAACAGUUUCAGGUUAUAGUUUACUUUUUUUUGUACAGGUUCUGAUUCUAAUACAUUUCAACAUGCUUUUUCCCCCCUCGUGUCAAUAUUUGUUAUGGACAAAUCGCCGGGGAGUUGUCUCUGGUGGAGGGUGAGGUGUGUGUUUGUGUGUGUAUUGUUUUUUUAAGGGGGAGGUGAACAUCCUGGGCUGCCAAUAAAGUUCAUUGAGGGAAAAGCACAUUUUAGAACAAAAAAUAAAAGUGUAGAUUGACUGUAUGUGGCUAUGGAGUGUGGGGUUGUGCAGUGGCGG